GGAGGAAAAAGGAGGUGGGAGCAGCUCCAUUACCAACACACGCUCGCACACACCGGUUACAUUACACCGUGGAAACGCUGCGGGAGCGCUGGGAAAGUCUUCUCCACGGAGUGUGUGUGUUUUGCUUUUAACAUCACCUUUUGCCUUUAAUUCCUAUUUUAAGGAUUGUGGAUGCGCACAUCCACACAUUCUUUUUUACUUCUCCACCGGGACCCACAAGGGACUACCACAUGCACUUUUUCUUUUUUUUGGGAGGUUUGGAUAAAUCAUCUUUGAGUGAAAAGUGGUGAUUUGUGGACUAGUGUCCUUUUGUGUUUUGUUUCCCCUCUGCAGGGGGUCAAGAACUUGGCUCCUUCCACUGGGAGUUCCUAUACUCUCUUUUUCCUCAACACAUUUUUGGGUGUUUUUUUGGGGGUGGGUGGGUGGGGGGGAUUGUGGGCGCAAAAAGAGGUGAGACGACAUGCCUCAGUUGUCAGGCGGCGGUGGCGGGGACCCGGAGCUGUGCGCCACGGAUGAAAUGAUCCCGUUCAAGGACGAGGGGGAGCCGCACAAGGAGCAGAUCUUCGCCGAGCUCAGCCACUCGGAAGAGGAGGGAGACCUGGCCGACAUCAAGUCGUCGCUGGUCAACGAGUCCGAGGGAAGCCCCAACAGUAACAGCCACGAUGCGGCGAGACAGUCCCAAGAUUCAUAUCAUGAAAAGCACAGAGAGCAUCCCGACGAUGUCAAACAUCAGGAUUUGUACAGCAAAGGCCACGCAUACCCGAGCUACCCAAGCUACAUCAUGAUGGGCAACAUGAACGACUCCUACAUGACCAAUGGCUCCCUCUCGCCGUCCAUGCCCAGAACGCUCAUACCGAACAGCGACACAGGGAGGAAGGCGAGAAAAUGCUGGCUUUUCCAGGCCGUGCGAAAGGAGGAGCCACUGCGUGAUGUGGCACACCGGUGGCGUCAUGUGGUCGCGGAGCUUGUACGCCGCACGCUAGCAGCAUCGUGUUCCCACUUGGGACGUUCCCAGAAGUCCAACAAAGUUCCCGUGGUGCAACCGUCCCAUGCCGUCCACCCGCUCACCCCGCUGAUCACGUACAGCGACGAGCACUUCGCGCCGGGUUCCCAUUCCGGCCAUCACCCUCAGGAUACCAAACCACAAGGAAUGUCCAGGCAUCAUCCGGGACCAGACAUGGCCAAUUUCUACUCGCUGUCUCCGGGGGGAGUGGGACAGCUCACGCCGCCACUGGGAUGGUUCUCCCACCACAUGGUCCCGGGACCGCCGGGUCCUCACGCCACGGGGAUCCCCCACCCGGCCAUCGUCAACCCCCAGGUCAAACACGAGCCCCUGCACGAAACCGACAUCAUGCACAUGAAGCCCCAGCACGAACAGCGGAAGGAGCAGGAGCCCAAAAGACCGCACAUCAAGAAGCCGCUCAACGCCUUCAUGCUCUACAUGAAAGAGAUGCGCGCUAACGUGGUGGCCGAGUGCACGCUGAAAGAGAGCGCCGCCAUCAAUCAGAUUCUAGGACGGCGGUGGCAUGCGUUAUCUCGAGAAGAGCAGGCUAAGUAUUAUGAGUUAGCCCGCAAGGAACGACAGCUCCACAUGCAGCUCUACCCAGGCUGGUCUGCCCGAGACAACUAUGGGAAGAAGAAGAAGCGGAAGCGGGAGAAGAUCCAGGAGUCGGCCGCAGGUACGGGGCAGAGAAUGAAAACAGCAUACAUCUGAGAAAAUGGAGGAAAACGGAACAACUUCUCCACAUGCAACGCGAAGGCGGCCGCCGCAGGGCCUCUGAUCGAGAUGGAGGCCUGCUAAGAUUCCAUGAAGACCCACAGAGGACCCCCCCUCCGCCCAACACUUAUCACCUGACACCCCCCUAAAAGUUACACCUCACACUCCCCCUGCUGGAAAGACACUGAACUGAACACGACAAUCACUAUCGCUCACGUUUUCACUCAAAGUGUGCGUGUGCGUCACUUCCUGACCACUCACACGCACACAAAGACACACCACCUGCACACUCCAACUAAGUUAUUUUAAGUUAUUUGUCACCUCUUUUGUCAUUUUCAGGAGCGGGAGGCCUACACACCGCAACAAAUGAAUUAAAAUUUUAAAAAAAUAGGUCAACACUAAUACUGAUACUACACAAUAAUAAAUGUUGGCUAUAUUUUUCCAUUAAUGUCAUAUAAAGCCAUUUUGUGAGGGUCAACAUUCCCACUUUUUCACUGGAGUCCAGCGACCAUUUUGGUGAGGGUCAACAUUCCUGCUUUUUCCACUGGGGUCCAGCGACCAUUUUGGGGUUCCCGCCCGCUCCGACCAAACGGGCCAAUCACCUCUUGUAGAUUGCACUAAGGAACAUGGAGGGAUCUCAUCUCGUCUCAACACUUUUUAUUUUUAUUUUUUUUUAUAUAAAUAAGUUGGACCAGUUGCUUGGUCGAAAAGAUCAACCUUUUUUCUUUUUUUUUUAAUCUUGAGCCCUUGUUUUGAAUUUUUCGGUGUACAUUUUUUUUUUUUUUUAAUAUUGUUUUUUUAUAUAAAUAUAUAUAUAGUGCCAUAUAUUAACAUAAGCUUUGAAGCCUUUCCCCCCCCCCCCCCCCCCCUUUCUCGGGAGGCUUUUUUUUUUUUUUUUUUAUCUUAUAAACCAACGCUCUGUGUGUGUGUGUAUGUACUUUUUCCCAGGUCCUUUUUCUUGGUCUUUUUUCAGGCGACAUGCAACAGUGAGGCUUAUAUUUUAUUGAUGGACAAGCAGACAAAUGAAGCAGAUAUUAUAUAUUUACCCCAGCACUUGGUAGUCUCUCUUCCAUUGCAAUGGACCUUUUUUUUCCCCCUGGUAGCAAAAUAGUGAGCUCUUUUGUUUAUAUGUUUUGUCAGCCACACAGUCUGUGAUAUUUUCUCUAUUUUACUAUUGCUCCACGAUGAUGAUGAUGAAUUUAUCCCGUAUUGAUAUGAUUUGGGGUCGCUGUCGUCUUGGAGGAGCACUUUUGCUUCCCAAGUGGUUGUCUUUGAACCGUUUCCACAUUUUUGGUUUUUGUUUUUCUUAAAAAAAUAAAUAAAAAGGCACCAUUUGA